AUGGGUGCAUGUUGUUCGUGUCAUAGGGGUGGUAGCUUCGUGAGUUAUUACGCUGAAGAAGUAGAAGAAAGACGAGCAAGAGAAUACGAUGAUGGCGAUGAUGACAUCAUACUCAAAGGCGACUCGGGUGCACGAAUCCGAUUGCAGGGCUCGUCUAAACAGGUGUCAAUGUUCAGCCAGCAAGGCAAAAAGGGGAUCAACCAAGAUGCCAUGACUGUUUGGGAGAGCUUUUCAGGGGAUAAGGACAUGUACCUAUGCGCCGUGUUCGAUGGGCACGGCCCAUCGGGCCACAAAGUGGCCCGUUAUGUACGUGACUCUUUGCCCUCGAAAAUAUCAAAGCUGUACCGACAGCCGUGUGUUGAUAUCGACAUCGAAACUGAAACGGGCCAAGAGAGUCCCGAGUCGAAGAACCCGUUGCUCCUUUCAUGGAAAGCCCGAUUGACCAAGUGCUUUCACGAGAUCGACGAGCAGCUCGAGGGAGAUGCCUCGGUCGAGAGCUACUCGAGUGGCACGACAUCCGUUUGUAUUCUUAGAAAGGGUGAGCACUUGAUCAUUGCUAAUUUAGGAGAUUCUCGUGCUGUUCUUGGCAAGAGGGACGAGAGUAAUCAGCUCGUCUCAGAGCAGCUCACGGUCGAUCUCAAACCGAAUCUUCCAAGGGAAGCAGAGAGAAUAAGAAGCUGCGAAGGCCGUGUUCUAGCCAUGGAUGAGGAGCCGAAUGUAUACCGUGUUUGGAUGCCUCAUGACGAUUGUCCGGGCCUUGCCAUGGCCCGAGCCUUUGGGGAUUUCUGUCUAAAGGACUUUGGCCUCAUUUCGACCCCUGAAGUCACUUACAGAAAGCUUACCGAGCGAGACGAAUUUGUAAUCUUGGCAACCGAUGGGAUAUGGGAUGCGCUGUCGAACGAAGAGGUGGUACAGAUAGUGGGCUCGUCAAGAAGGCGAUCCAUAGCUGCUAAGCUUCUAGUGGAGCAGGCCCGUUGGGCCUGGAGAUACAAAUUUCCACGGUCCAAGAUCGACGAUUGCGCAGUCGUGUGUCUAUUCUUCAAGAACCAAAGGGCUUCACUCACGAAAUCCGUCUCGGAAAAGACGCAUUUGUCCCUGAACUAUGCUGACCUCGACGUGCGCAGCUAUGCCGGAAGCAUGCAGAGUGACGAUGCCCUCGACACGGUUCUCAACUGCAAAGUCGAUGAGGAAAGCCCGGCCCGCGAAGGGCCGGAUGAGAAGGGCUCGUCGGAUUUGGUUCGGCUGAGAAGGAGGAGGGAAGAGAGGAGGAGGAAGCUCGAGUGUAUUGGGGAGUGA